AGAGAAAAUAAGAAGAAUGUUUGAACAAAUAGCUGUGAAAAACAUAACAGAUUAAUAUUAAAACAGUGGGAGGGGCUUGACAGAGAGAAGAGCGAAGGUUGUUGCAAUAGCCGGGGUGCUUUGGCUGAAGAAAUGAAGAGAUCGACAUGCCACAUGAAGAUUCUGCCACGACACUUCAGUUCAAUAUCAUGUGUUAGCAAUAUCAUUUGGGAGGGGUUGGGUCUCUAAAGCUCUGCGUUUCUUUUGCCAUUGCUGACCGAUUGAAAAGGAGUCCACUGUGCAGAUUGUGCCUUGCUGCAAGUAUUGGGCCAAACCUCCUGUCUCCAUCUGAAGUCUUCAUCAGGUUCAGACAACGUCUGUCUCCAUGGAGGGGAGGGAGGGGCAGUAUAAUGGAGAGGAAAGAGGUGAUGUCGAAUCCCCCACAGGACAUUCAGCCACAGCGGAUGAAAUAAGCGUAGCACCCACAUGGACGAACGGUCAAUGUGUGGCUUUUGUGUCCACGUCCUCUGUGUUCGUUCCAACAUUUGACUUGGCAGACUGCAGGACUCUGUUGGAGACAAAGGGCUUCCAGAUCCCAUUAGAGGAUUUUGAGGGUCCACUUCAUUCAGCUCUGGACCACCCGUCCGUCAGAAGAUAUCUGCUUUUCAACUCAUCCUGUUUUAAUUGUAUCAUGGCGGCGCUUUUGUAUCUGGUGGUUUGGUGCGCGCUGUUCUCAACCAUUCACAUGUACCUCAGAGAAGAAACGACAGACCUCUUAGUGCUCGGUCUGUCUGUCAGUGUGGUCUCUGUAAUCCUCACCAGCACCAUAAUCCUCAUCUUCCACUACAACAACAAAGAGAUAAACAUGAACACAGAUGUGCGGUUGGUGGCAGUAAAUGAGCGGUUGGUUCGACACAGGCUGCUGUUGGGUGUGGCUGACUGGAUGCAGAAAUGCAGAGGAAAACUGAAACUCUUCUGUGUAUACUGGGACCUGUCUCCAUGUCUGAGAUCUCUGACUGAAGCUCUGGAGGAGAUGAGUUUUGUCAGGGAUCAAGAACAGAACAGACUCAAGAAAAGAAUGUCCCACCUAGUUCUGGUGACCGAAGUCAAGACGCUGGAACCUGAAGGUGGAUUACAGGACGAGGAGGUCCCCGAGGAAGAGCGCCCCCUGCUUGUGGACAGAAGCGAACAAAGCGCAUCGAAAACACAAAGAGAUGACUCUAAACUUACAAAAAACGUCAGUUUGAUGCCUGACACCACCCUUUCACAUCAGGUGAUUGCUCACCAGCUCCUGAUGUCCUACAGUGCACUUUAUGUCCGACUGCUUGUAUCAAACAAGCUCCCGACAUCUUCACAGCUGCCUUUGGGUGCGGGGAAAAAUCAUUCCGCUUCCUCUCUGUGUCUUUGUGAGUAUGUAGCGUUAAAAGUCCUGCAGUAGAUGGAUCUGAUUCUGUGGGACGCUGUCAGCUGUAAUAUAAUUACACACUGUUCUUGCUGCUUUUGAAUUUCUUAUGAUUUGUUUAAUAAAUAUAUAUUUUUGUGUCUUGA